AAAAACUCCGUUAUAAAAUGUGUCUGGCUUAGGAGAUCAAAUCUAAAAAUAGUUUUGUAGAAAACGUAUUUCGCAGUCAUUUAUAAUUUUAAAUCGUUUUCGAAAUAUGGGUGAUGAGGACAAACUUCAUCGACACUCUGUAGAUAGAAAUCGUUCUUAACGUAUUUCGAGCAAACUUGUUGUGCACAUUUAGCACUGUUCCCGCUUCAAGGAUGAUGCGAGCACCCAACGAGAGAGCCCGUCUCUACUUCCUGCUCCCGUUCCAUGCAAUCGUACAGGAAUUCGCAGAAACGUCUACGUUAUGCGUUGGGCUGGGCAAAGCAUUAUGAAUUCAACAACUUGAGAGUCGCCUGCGAUACUUUAGAUACAUCGAUUGAAGCUAUGAACGACUAUGGGCAGGACAAUCUGCCGCCAGAAAAAGGGCCUUGGGAUGCUCUAAUGACUCUUCCUGGCUUGGCGAACAAUGCGGAAAAAGUACUUCUAACCACAAGAGGAAACGACUUGGUUUCCAAGCUUCUUAAGAUGCAGCAGUUGGAGGAUGAGGACGAAUUGGCGUAUUCGAACGUGGAAUCUCUAGAUACGCCAAGAGAAGCUGAAGCAGAUGGUCGACCAUCUUGAAUGAGGACCUUGCAUAAUUUGCUUCCACUUAGUUACAAUUACUUCCAAAGAAUCUACCAACCUUGAAGAGAAUAGUCGAGAAUAUCAAAGAUCUAUUAUAUAGAUACUUCGAGAGGGAAGUCAACAUUGGAGCUAAAUUACUUCAAGAUGUUAUCCACAACUUGGGAGAUGUCGUAUUAAUUUGUCAA